AUGCCAGCGAAGUUUGCGGUGGUGUGGCAAGGUUUAGAGGGGAGCGUUGUUCUCCCUCUCCAGUUCGCUGUGGCUGCAGGGAGAUGGGCAAUGGCUGCUUCUCACAUACACAUGAGGGUGGAUCCCAGAUUGUGCAUUCGACUCAUUGGCGGGUGUCCUUUCGGCUGCAGACCGACUGGAGGAACCACUCGUCCAGUCGGCUUCUGGUCGGCUAGGCAGAGGCGCCCACUCCAAACCGAGCUCAUCAACUGCCUUGAACAGUUCAACUCCCGCAUCAAGAUCGCCUUCAAGAGCCUGGUGACUAAAGGCACCCUGGUGCAGGUCAAGAAGCCAAAGAGCGCAACGGCAAAGAAUCACGCCGCCAAGAAAUCACACAAGAAAGCAAAGAAACCCGCUGCCACAGCCGCUAAGAAGGCGACGAAGAGCCCCAAGAAGGCAAAGAAGCCAGCAGCCGUUAGGAAAGCAGCCAAAAGUGGUAAAAAAGCCAUGGCAGCUAAACCUAAGGGAAAGCCUAAAGCUGCCAUGCCUAAAAAGGCAGCUCCCAAAAAAUAA